CAUUAGAACGACGAACGUUCGAUUAGAAACGCUCGAACCGCUCAACACGACGGAGCCAUGGCGACGAACCCCAUCAUCAAGCUCUACACGGCGAAACUAAGCCCGCCGGGUCGUGCCGUAGAACUGACUGCCAAGCUGCUCGGCCUGUCCCUAGACAUCGUCCCAAUCAAUCUGCUCGCCGGUGAUCAUCGGACGGACGAGUUUCUGCGCCUUAAUCCGCAGCACACAAUCCCGGUGAUUGACGAUGGUGGUGUGAUCGUGCGGGACAGUCACGCCAUCAUCAUCUAUUUGGUGCAGAAGUACGGAAAGGAUGGUCAAACCCUCUAUCCGGAAGAUCCAAUCGCUCGGGCGAAGGUAAACGCCGGCCUGCACUUCGAUUCGGGCGUGCUAUUCUCUCGGUUGCGGUUCUAUUUCGAACCGAUACUGUACGAAGGAUCGGCGGAAGUGCUGCAGGACAAAAUCGACUACAUGAAGAAAGGGUACGAGCUGCUGAACGACGCCCUGGUGGAGGAUUACAUUGCGGGAAGCUCACUUACGCUGGCCGAUGUUAGCUGCAUCGCAACGAUUGCGACGAUGGAGGAGUUCUUCCCGAUGGAUCGCUCCCGCUAUCCGGCGCUGGUGGCGUGGAUUGAACGACUCAGUCGUACCCUGCCUGACUACGACCAGCUUAACCAGGAAGGGGCGGUAGAGUUUGCAGAAAUCUGUGAAUCAAUGAGGCUUAAAAAUGGGGCGUCGGUCGCUGCGAAGUAAAGCCACGAUUCCAAGGGUUUUGACCACUUCACGGGGAAUUGCUGUCCCAUAGUGACUUAAGCCAAACGCGCACGCACACAUGCACAAGCAAAAAGAUUUGGAGUUUGUUUAUGAUUCUUGUCGGUUCCGCCCGGCCGCCCUGUUUUGCGGCUUUUCAAUGUCACCAACACACAUGCACGGAGGAAUUCUAUUGCUGCAGCAUCUACGUUUAUUUGGUAGCAUAUAAACCGAAAAAAAAUAUAAAAAAAACAAGCAGCGAAUGAAAUUGACAUUUCUAAAUAAAGUUCUCCUGAAAUGUAAACAAACAGUUUGUACCUGUACUGAAAAGAAUUCUGGAAUGCUUUCAUGCUCUUAUCGGCGAUUAUCAACAUACAAACACAUACUUGUAAGGUAAGAUUAAGCCCGAGAACGCUCAGUUUGGUGCUAGAAUUCCUCCGCAACGGAUACUAGAGCAGCUUAAGCAGCGCCAUCUUCGUCCCUCACUUCACAGCGUAGACGUCUGCAUCAGCUCUCCGGCCGCUUUAAGCCCCCGUCCCAUCACCUCCCCGUAGUACGGCAACUUCGACAACCGUUCCAUCCAGGCGAACGUUUUGGGGAACUCUUCCGCCGACGGUUUCAGCAUCAGGUGCAGUGUGGCCACACUGCUCACGCAGCUCAGAUCCGCAAUGGUCAGCUGAUCGCCGGCCACAUACUCCGACUGUAGCAUCCUCUCCAGCCGCUGCAGCCCUUCCAGCGCACGCUGCAGGUUCUCCUCCGGUAUCGCACUCUUGCCCAGCACGGUCAGAUUGUCCGUGCAGAAGCGGAGCCGCGCGAACAGGAUCGAACUCUCGAAGAAGAGGGCCGCAUUGAUGCGGGCCUGCUGCUCGUACUCGUCCGUGUAGAGGCCGGAGUCGGCACCGUAACGGCGCGCCAGAUAGAUCAUGAUGGCGUGGCUAUCCCACAGCACGAAUCCGUUGUCGUCCAGCGUUGGAAUCGUUUGGACGGGGUUUAGCUUCUUGAACUCGUCGCUCAUAUGCUGACCCUUGAAGACGUUCAUCUCGCUGGACAAGGAGAAGAGUAAAAAGAAGACAGAAGGCCGCAUUAGUUUUACGACACAUGUGAAAAGGCGACUCCUCUUCUUCAGUGGCUUACCGAACAUCGACGUCAAGGUUCAACGCCUUCACGGUCAGCUCGACCGCACGGCCGGCGGGACUAAUCGUGUGCGUGUACAGGACCGGCUUGCUCGACAUCUCGAAUGGAACUGAAGAGCGUCCCCCCACGAAAAAGUCAAACGGUCGAAGAUGACCUGCUGCGUCCUCUCCUCUCUUUUGGCAGAGUUUAUACGAGGCCCUUUUGUCGGACUUUGACCUUGAGAGCAUACUUUCGGAGAGCGAAACCGGCGUUUGUUCUCAUUUUUGUGUGUGUGCUGGAUUUAAGGCCAUUUGACGUAAUCUUAAUCGAAGGUGGAAAUAUCAAACCCCUUCCCAAACCCCACCUUAAUGACGGUGUGGAACAAAUCGAUAACGUAGUGUGUGUCACGCCUAAUUUGGGCCCAGUACUUCUGAACUGCUGACUCAUUGCGAGUGCUAUUUAUGAAGAGCUAACAUGCUGGACAUAAAUAAGUUAUAGAAUAGACCGACGGCCUUGAUAGACCGUGGUGGGGACACAUAAUAAUUCAAAGUGCAUCACGAGAUGAGCUUUAAUUGGAUCAAGUUUCGACUAGACUUUUCACCCCACUUUUAACCGCAAAUUCUUCUCCUAGGGAGGUCUCGUUUAGGGUUGUGCUUCAUGGAUCUUUCGUAAAUCGAAGUGAAUCGAAUCUUAAAUCGAUACUCCAAAGAUUCAUGAAUUACUAAAGUUACAAGAAUAUCUAAAGAUUCAUGAAUAAUUGAAUAUUUUUAUGAAUCUUUUAAGAUUAAUAUGAAUCUCAAAAACUCAUUAAUCUCUUUGAAAACAUGAAUAGCUUAGGAUUUAUGAAUCUCUACCGAUUCAUGAAUAUCUAAAAGCGUCAAUCUGAUCUUCGGCUGGGGCUACUCAUGGGUCGCAAUAAUGCAGCAUUUGGCAAUCGUUUCGAUUCGUUUGAUAAGAAGAAUUUUAGAAUCUAUUUCAAUCGCUUAUCGAUGCACCUAACUAAAAUCAAAACAAGGACAAACUUUAGAUGCAUAACGCAUCAGAAGUUUGAAUUUCUAAACAUUAAUAAAUCUUUAGAUAUCCGUGCAUUUUUGAAA